AUGGGGAAGCCCGCGAGCUCGGGAUGGGACUGGCGCCGCUUCCUACGGACUCACUGGCUGCUGCUCUCCACCGUGGCCGCCGUGGUACUAGGAAUUGCCAUAGGCGUCUUGGUUCGAGGACACAGUGAGCUCUCAAAUCUGGAUAAAUUCUACUUUGCUUUUCCCGGAGAGAUUCUGAUGAGGAUGCUAAAGCUCGUCAUCUUGCCGCUGAUUAUAUCCAGCAUGAUCACAGGAGUCGCUGCACUGGAUUCCAACGUAUCUGGAAAGAUUGGUCUGCGCGCUGUGGUGUAUUAUUUCUCCACCACCAUCAUUGCUGUAAUCCUAGGUAUUGUGUUAGUUGUGAGCAUUAAGCCUGGUGUCACUCAGAAAGUGAAUGAAAUCAACAGGGUGGGCAAAACCCCUGAAGUCAGCACCGUGGACGCCAUGUUGGACCUGAUCAGGAACAUGUUCCCUGAGAACCUGGUCCAAGCCUGUUUUCAGCAGUACAAAACCAAGCGUGAAGAAGUGAAGCCAGUUGGUGAUCCUGGGGGGAACGCGACAGAGGUGUCUGUCACCACGGCCAUGACAACAAUGUCUGAGAACAAGACAAAGGAAUACAAGAUCGUGGGCCUGUACUCAGACGGCAUCAAUGUCCUGGGCUUGAUUAUCUUCUGCCUCGUCUUUGGACUAGUCAUUGGAAAAAUGGGAGAAAAGGGACAGAUUCUGGUGGAUUUCUUCAAUGCAUUGAGUGACGCCACCAUGAAGAUCGUUCAGAUCAUCAUGUGCUACAUGCCGAUUGGUAUUUUGUUCCUAAUUGCUGGGAAGAUCAUAGAAGUUGAAGACUGGGAAAUAUUCCGCAAGUUGGGCCUUUACAUGGCCACUGUCCUGAGCGGACUUGCAAUCCACUCCCUUGUAGUUCUGCCACUGAUCUAUUUCAUAGUCGUGCGGAAGAACCCUUUCCGCUUUGCCCUGGGCAUGGCGCAGGCUCUCCUGACAGCUCUCAUGAUCUCAUCCAGUUCAGCAACCCUGCCUGUUACAUUCCGAUGUGCGGAAGAAAAGAACCAAGUGGACAAGAGGAUCACGAGAUUCGUGCUGCCUGUUGGUGCCACCAUCAACAUGGACGGCACUGCACUUUAUGAAGCGGUAGCAGCUGUGUUUAUUGCGCAACUGAAUGGCUUGGAUCUGAGCAUUGGGCAGAUUGUCACGAUCAGCAUUACAGCCACCGCUGCUAGCAUUGGGGCUGCUGGUGUGCCCCAGGCUGGCCUGGUGACCAUGGUGAUUGUGCUGAGUGCUGUGGGGUUGCCUGCUGAGGAUGUCACCCUGAUCAUUGCCGUCGACUGGCUCCUGGACCGGUUCAGGACCAUGGUGAACGUUCUGGGUGAUGCAUUUGGGACCGGCGUCGUAGAGAAGCUCUCAAAGAAGGAGCUUGAACAGAUGGAUGUUUCAUCUGAAGUCAACAUUGUGAACCCCUUUGCCUUGGAACCCACAGUCCUUGAUAACGAAGACUCAGAUACCAAGAAGUCUUAUGUCAAUGGGGGCUUUGCAGUAGACAAAUCUGAUACCAUCUCGUUCACUCAGACCUCACAGUUCUAGAUGCCUGGCCUCAGAUGCCUGGGAUUGUGAAGGACAUCUCCAUCUCUUAGCAAACUCCAACAUUAAGGAACAAGAAGGACACUAGGAGUCAACUGUACAUUUAG